AUGGACGAGCUUCCACAGUACUAUUGGGACGAAGAUGACAGAAUUGCAAGUGCCAAGGUCCUUCAAGUUCCACACAUAAAAAGCCCCUCAAACAUAAUAAUCGAGUAUGCCUCCGACACAGAAGACUGCCGCCAGAUGAUAACCAUUUUCGAGCGUUUGAUCGGCUCUGCAAAUCCAUCACACUCUCCCGAGGAGGCUGCACAUGCUGUCACCUGUGUGUAUUCUGACGAAUUGAAGAGCUACUUCAAACGCGCAACUAAAGAGAGCUCUGUUGUGCGGUUCAAAGAUGGAUUCCUCUGGGGAUUUUACCACUUGAUCUUUGACUACUCGAAGCAAGUCGACGGCAUGGCUCAGACGAAAUUGGUACAGUUCGUCGACGCCUUCCGCAAGAUGCCCCGUACAGCGAAGACGGAGAGCAAUGUUGAAUGGUGCGACCUUGGAAAAAUCGGCUGGGCUGCGCGUGACACUGUGGAUCGAUUUCCCGUUGGUGGCGGAGAGGUCGACAAAAGGACACAACAGAUCCAGGAGUUACGGUUUCAUGCAUUCAUCGCGCGACUAGCGACAGAAUCUACGUUAGACUUUUCUUCCUUAGCAUAUUUCUAUUUUAGGGAUGCUUUGGAAAAUGUCCCAGAUCCUCGAUCAAAAGCAUAUCAUACGCAAGGCCCCCUGCUGGAAGAGACACUCCUAAUUCCUGCCUAA